ACUGCACCGUCUCUGGCGUGAUGAAAUCUCACACUUUAAAAAUCUGCAAUCUGAGUACGUUUUAGUCGGUAUGUAUUUAUAAAUUUAUGUUCUGGAACAAGAGAACCAUCUCAUCAAGCAUAUCCUCACCUUCUCUCCGAGAGGAUCAGAGGCAGUUGUUGCUUUUGCCUGUAGAUCUGGUCUACUAGGAACAUUGAAAUUUGUUUAAGGAAACGCUAUUUCGAUAAUGGGAAUUGUGUUUACUCGGCUUUUCUCGUCUCUGUUCGGCAACAAGGAAGCUCGGAUCCUCGUUCUCGGAUUGGACAAUGCUGGCAAGACCACAAUUCUAUAUCGGCUUCAGAUGGGUGAAGUCGUUUCCACUAUUCCAACAAUCGGAUUUAAUGUUGAAACAUUGCAGUACAAGAAUAUAAAGUUUCAAGUUUGGGAUCUAGGGGGGCAGACUAGUAUCAGGCCCUACUGGAGAUGCUAUUUUCCGAAUACUCAGGCUAUAAUUUAUGUUGUUGAUUCAAGUGACACUGAUAGGCUUGUUAUUGCUAAAGAGGAGUUUCAUGCCAUACUGGAGGAGGAUGAGUUAAAAGGUGCUGUUGUUCUCAUAUACGCUAACAAGCAGGAUCUUCCUGGUGCACUUGAUGAUGCUGCAGUGACUGAGUCCUUGGAGUUGCAUAAGAUUAAGAAUCGACAAUGGGCAAUUUUUAAGACGUCAGCCAUCAAAGGAGAGGGGCUUUUUGAAGGCUUGGACUGGUUAAGUAACACCCUCAAGACUGGAGGAGGUAGCUAAAUCUUGUCUUAUGAGCCAAUGCAUUUGAGAUACACACAAGAGUCAUGGGACAGAACUACAAAUCAUGAUAGAUAAAUGCCUUCUGCAAUUGUUUAUGGUGUUAUUAUAGCUAUGGAGGUGAAGUGUAAUUGUUUAUGAUGUACACUUAAAAGAGAUUGUUGGCUUUUAUCUUUGAUUCUAUACUUUUUUGGUCGAAAUUCCAUCCAUGAACAUAGUUUAGAUGGAUUAAUAUUUUCUUUUUCUUGUUUAUAGACAAAACAGAAGACUUAUCUAUGUCAUUAAACUAGUUGGUUAUUUUUGCGACAUUAGACGGCCAAACUUUUCUUCUGUAGUGCAACACUUUUAUUUGGUUAGUUACAAUCAGGUUCCCGAAUAAUUAUUUUAUAAAAACCACUUUUGUAUCUUGGUCAAUCAGUCUAACACGUGAAAAACGGUCAAAACCAUACGCACGUGAUUUACGACCUUGAGGACUUGGUUUUUACCAAACAAGUCUUGUUUUCACUAUUUUAUACCAUAUACAAUGUUUUUCAUACUUGGUUUUUACUUUUGGGAACACUUCGUUUUUGGACCUCGGUUUUUCAAAACGGGUUUCAGCUGGCUAGACUUUAGCUGGGUGAUAAUCGAUUAUCACCUUAGUGACAAUCGACUAUCAGCCACUGCAGCUUUGAACUUCCAAGUUCUGAAGCACGCAAUAAUCGAUUAUCAGCUUUGCAAUAAUCGAUUAUCAGCCUUUGCAGCCAAAACCCAGAAUCUUCAGAGAGGACCAAUAAUCGAUUAUCACUUGUUGACAAUCGAUUAUCUGGGUUACCGUUG